AGUGGAAGCAAAGCCACUAAUUGCCACCCUUUGGGAACAAGCAUGCUUCAAUCAUGAACACAAAAGAUAAAUGCCAAUAGUCCAAGCCCUGUUUAGUGAUCAGUGAGAGAGACUGCUACGAUGCCUCAAUCAUGUCAACUCUCCGAAUCCUCAUGCGUCUUCUUCCUUGGCUUGUACAUGCCCCACACCAGCUUUAUGUAAUUUUGAUGAGAUAAUGGCAUUGAACUAGAAAGAUAUUAGUAUGUUAAAUUCUCAAAUUUUUUUUUUAUUGAGAUAGUGAUUUUUAAAUAGCUCCAGUAUGGCUGGGACUUGUAAGUGUAGCUCACAUAAUUAGGAGCAUUUAUCAUGCACCGAUGUGUGUGUUGGAAUCUUUUUUCUGAGUAUCGCUUGUAUCAAAAAUAGCUCCAACAUGCAAGUUUAUUCGCCUUUGUUUUCUAGGACUCCACUCGCUCUCUCAAUCAACCAAUUAAGAUUUUUCAGAUGUUGUAUUGGUUAGUGCCUUAGUGGGUUGUGAAACUUAAGCCACCGUUGACUAAAAGGUAGAUAUAAUAGUAUAAUACAGUUGUUUAUUUCAAAAUAUAAGCAGCCUUCAUGAAGUGGAUGAUGAAUAAUUUAUCCACUCAGACACUGAAGCAACAUAGUUUUGAUCCAUUGGUGGUUUCUGCCACGUUGGUUUUCAGGAUCAUGUUUAGCACUUUAGCCCUCAUCACAGCCUCACCUUGUUUUGGCACAGUUGAGGUUGUAAGAAAUUAAUUUGGUAGGGUUUGGGAUUGACUCGUGAAGAAGGAAUCAGGUGUCUGUGUUUCAAUGAACCCAGGAUUGGAUUUCAAAAUUCAUGAGGCUGCUCAAAGUAGUUUGAAACAUGCCCAUCACCUGUUUGGUUGUGUAUCUGAGAAUAAACAAAAGAGAAGUGUUCAAGAAGUAAGCUUGAUUGCUCAAGAUGCAGUGGAAGAAUUCAGAAAACUACUUGCUCUCCUUGAUGGAUCAUUGUUAUCAAACCAGAAGAGGAUCAGAAGAGGUCCUUUGCCAAAAUCCCAUGACAUAAACCAGGUUGAACUGUUGGACUCUCCUAACCCUUCAUCCCAAAAUACUACACACAAUUGGCCUCAGCCUCAUCCCCAGCCCCAGCCUCAGAAUUGCUUUGUUAGACAGUUUUUUAGUGCUGUUCAUCAAACUGAUCAAGCAACUGCAAAUGUGAUCCACAGUAAUAGCUUUAGCAUGGGUAGAGAGAAAAAACCAAACCCGGCAUUGCAGCAAGGGCAAUCUGAAGCCGGUGUGGUUCUUCCUAAUAAUUUAAUCAUGGGGUUGAACCAAUUCUCACAAAAGCCUACUAGCACUUCUUUGAUCAGUAUGGAUGGAAGUAGCCUUAACACGCGGAUGAUUCAAUAUUCGUCGUCUGAACUCUUGGCUUCUCGAGAUUGUACCUCUAUGUUUUCUUCCAAAAGGAAGUGCGGGGCGAAAAGUGAAGAAGUCACUCCAAGAUGCCUAGUCUCUGCUGGUGGAUGCCAUUGCUCAAAGCGAAGGAAACUUAGAAUAAAGAGAAGAAUCCGAGUUCCGGCUUUAAGCAAUAAGCUAGCUGAUAUACCUCCUGAUGACUAUACCUGGAGGAAGUAUGGGCAGAAACCUAUUAAGGGGUCUCCAUAUCCUAGGAGUUAUUACAAAUGCAGCAGUGUGAGGGGAUGCCCUGCAAGAAAGCAUGUCGAACGAUGCUUGGAAGAUCCUACCAUGUUGGUUGUUACAUAUGAAGGCGACCAUCAACACCCCAAGAUUACAUUUCAAGCACCUACACUUGCGAUUUAAGUUAACCGGUAUAAUAAAUCCAAUGGAUGCCAACAUUUCAGAGCUUGAACUGGUUUUGCAGUGUUAGCUUCUCUUCUGUCCUAAAAACUGUUAAAAUUGUAACUUGUAAGUGUAAACUAGUCCUCUGUUUUUCCCCCCUUUUUUUCUGUCUCUUAAUUUCCUAGUUUGUCCUGCUUCUGGUAUGUAAUUGAGUCUUCAAUAAUGCUUUUUUCAGAUCAUUGUAUACAUUCUCUUUAAUGAUAUAUGUUGACGUGAGUAUACUAACUAAUCAAGGAGAUUUACUUCCUUGAUUAAUUAAGGGAUUUACUU